AUGUGGAGGGAUGCGCAGUAUUCUGCAGGUGGAGUACCAGGUUGAUGGAAAAGCCGUGCAAGAGUAACCUGUCCCACGUCUGGCAUAAUAUGUAGUUGCCUGGCGCAUCUGGAGCGUAUAAAGGGGAGGGGCGAGUGCUAGCUUUCGACUCAACAAAGAAAAAUCAUCAAGUCUCAGCCCUCUCUUGCAUCCAAACAUGAAAUUCUCAAUCACCACUAUGAUCAUGUCCGCUGCCUUGAUGGCUGGUGUAGCCAUCGCAUACAACCCUAUCGGCCAGUCAUGCGACACCCCAGGCGGUUAUGGGUGCUCGCAGGAUGCGAGUUUGAACGGCGGAAAUGCGUUUAUUUACGAAUGUGGACCGUCAGACACGUUCGUUUACGUCGCGGGCUGCGGCUGCCCUACUUGCUGCGAGGCCACGACCACCGGUGCGUACUGCACGUGAGAGCAAAGUCUCAUGCGUAGAAUAAUGCAGCGUGAUCCGUGAGAGAGAAUGCGAAGGAGUGUUGUAGUCUGCUCAAUAAUAAACCGUGUCUUGAACCAAUCCCACUUGCUCGUGACAUUGUAAUGCCGCACUUCAAUUUUCAAAGCGUGAGUUGUGCUGGAAUUGUCCCAGGAUCACGAAUCGUCAUUCCUAAAUGGACCGUCAACUCGAAGGACUGUUGACGAGUAGAAUGAACGAGGUGUUCGAGUACCACAACACUCGGUCUCAUCGCUGCACACUGAAAAUAGGAAUGGGCUGGGUGAGAUGAUAUCAUUGAUAUAUGGCAGGAACAUACA